AGCCCCGAUUGGCUCUGCAUCUAACGGUCUGGCGACACCUAGGGGAUAGUCCCCACUAGCGUGCAUCACUUCUAGACACAUCCACCAGACGCUUUCUCCUCCCCAGUCUGCCUGACCUGUUGCUUUGGGACACGAUCCCCCUCACCCCCCACUUGCCCUGACGUCUGCCUGACCAACCAUCAUUUCCUUAGAGAACAAGAAAGGAGGCAGUCGCAGGAAAUCAUGCCACCAACAGCCCAACAGCAAUGAGCGCGUGAUGCUGCAUUGACGUCAAAGGCAGAGACAACCAAGACCUGGAGCAGCUCCCUCUCCAGACUCCCUGCCGCCCCAGCCCCUGGCUCCUUCUCUCAGCACAGCCUGAAGCCUGGCUUCUCCUGGUGAUAUUGUCUCCGCUUGACAUAUCCAAAGGUCUUCAGACCCUUGGACACCAGACACUAUGGAGAACCACAUGUUCAGCGUUCAGCAGAUCCAGCCCAAUGUCAUUUCUGUCCGCCUCUUCAAGCGCAAAGUGGGGGGCCUGGGAUUCCUGGUGAAGGAAAGGGUGAGCAAGCCGCCCGUGAUCAUCUCCGACUUGAUUCGAGGGGGUGCCGCAGAGCAGAGUGGCCUCAUCCAGGCUGGGGACAUCAUUCUUGCGGUCAACGGCCAGCCCUUGGUGGACCUGAGCUAUGACAGCGCCCUGGAGGUGCUCAGAGGUAUCGCCUCCGAGACCCAUGUGGUCCUUAUUCUGAGGGGCCCUGAGGGCUUCACCACGCACCUGGAGACCACCUUCACCGGGGAUGGGACCCCCAAGACCAUCCGGGUGACACGGCCCCUGGCUCCCCCCACUGCAGCAGUUGAUUUGUCCCACCAAUCAGCAGCAGGCAAAGAGCAGACCAUGGUGGUGGAUGGGGCCACAGGUCCUGGCAAUGGGCCACAGCACAUGCCAGACCAUGGGCAGGAAGCUGGCUCCCUCUCCCACACCAAUGGCUUGGCUCCCAGGCCCCCAAGCCAGGACCCUGCCAAGAAAAGUGCUGCGGUCACCCUCCAGGGCAGCGGGGAGAACAAUAAACUGCUCAAAGAGAUAGAGCCCGUGCUGAAUCUUCUCAGCAGUGGGAGCAAAGGGAUCAACCGAGGGGAACCUGCCAAGGCGGAGACAAAGGACGUGGAAAUACAGGUGGACAGAGAUACGGAUGGCAAAUCUCACAAAACUCUGCCCCUCGGUGUGGAGAACGACCGAGUCUUCAAUGACCUAUGGGGGAAGGGCAACAUGCCUGUCGUCCUCAACAACCCAUAUUCAGAGAAGGAGCAGCCCCCUGCCUCGGGAAAACAGUCUCCCACCAAGAAUGGCAGCCCGUCCAAGUGCCCCCGCUUCCUCAAGGUCAAGAACUGGGAGACUGACGUGGUUCUGUCUGACACCCUCCACCUUAAGAGCACAUUGGGAACGGGAUGCACUGAGCACAUCUGUAUGGGGUCCGUCAUGCUUCCUUCUCAGCACAUACGAAGGCCCGAAGAUGUCCGCACAAAAGAACAGCUCUUCCCUCUCGCCAAAGAGUUCCUUGAUCAGUAUUACUCGUCAAUUAAAAGAUUCGGCUCCAAAGCCCACAUGGAGAGGCUGGAGGAGGUGAACAAAGAGAUUGAAACCACCAGCACCUACCAGCUCAAGGACACAGAGCUCAUCUACGGGGCCAAGCAUGCCUGGCGGAAUGCCUCCCGCUGCGUGGGCAGGAUCCAGUGGUCCAAGCUGCAGGUGUUCGAUGCCCGCGACUGUACCACGGCUCACGGGAUGUUCAACUACAUCUGUAACCACAUCAAGUAUGCCACCAACAAAGGGAACCUCAGAUCUGCCAUCACCAUAUUUCCCCAGAGGACUGACGGCAAGCAUGACUUCCGAGUCUGGAACUCCCAGCUCAUCCGCUACGCCGGCUACAAGCAGCCCGAUGGCUCCAUCCUGGGGGAUCCAGCCAAUGUGGCGUUCACGGAGAUCUGUAUCCAGCAGGGCUGGAAGCCCCCAAGGAGCCGCUUCGAUGUCCUGCCACUCCUGCUCCAGGCCAACGGCAACGACCCUGAGCUCUUCCAGAUCCCUCCAGAGCUGGUGUUGGAAGUGCCCAUCAGACACCCCAAGUUUGAGUGGUUCAAGGACCUUGGGCUGAAGUGGUACGGCCUCCCCGCUGUGUCCAACAUGCUACUGGAGAUCGGCGGCCUGGAGUUCAGUGCCUGCCCCUUCAGCGGCUGGUACAUGGGCACGGAGAUUGGCGUCCGUGACUACUGUGACAGCUCUCGAUACAACAUCCUGGAGGAAGUGGCCAAGAAGAUGAACUUGGACAUGAGGAAGACAUCCUCCCUGUGGAAAGACCAAGCACUGGUGGAGAUCAACAUUGCGGUUCUGUACAGCUUCCAGAGUGACAAAGUGACCAUCGUGGACCACCACUCUGCCACCGAGUCCUUCAUUAAGCACAUGGAGAAUGAGUACCGCUGCCGGGGCGGCUGCCCUGCCGACUGGGUGUGGAUCGUGCCCCCCAUGUCCGGCAGCAUCACCCCUGUCUUCCACCAGGAGAUGCUCAACUACCGGCUUACCCCCUCCUUUGAAUACCAGCCUGACCCCUGGAACACCCACGUCUGGAAAGGCACCAACGGGACCCCCACAAAACGGCGAGCCAUCGGCUUCAAGAAGCUGGCAGAAGCCGUCAAGUUCUCAGCCAAGCUGAUGGGACAGGCUAUGGCCAAGAGGGUCAAGGCUACCAUCCUUUAUGCCACAGAGACGGGCAAAUCACAGGCUUAUGCCAAAACCUUGUGUGAGAUCUUCAAACAUGCCUUUGAUGCCAAGGUGAUGUCCAUGGAAGAAUAUGACAUCGUACACCUGGAACAUGAAACUCUGGUCCUAGUGGUUACCAGCACCUUUGGCAAUGGAGACCCCCCUGAGAACGGGGAGAAGUUUGGCUGCGCUUUGAUGGAAAUGAGGCACCCCAACUCUGUGCACGAGGAAAGGAAGUACCCGGAACCCUUGCGUUUCUUUCCCCGUAAAGGGCCUUCCCUCGCCCGAGGUUACACAGAACUGCGCGGUCUGGCUGCAGCUCGUGACAGCCAGCACAGGAGCUACAAGGUGCGAUUCAAUAGUGUUUCCUCAUACUCCGACUCCCGCAAAUCAUCAGGGGAUGGGCCAGACCUCAGAGACAACUUUGAGAGCGCCGGGCCCCUGGCAAAUGUGAGGUUCUCUGUGUUCGGCCUUGGCUCCCGGGCAUACCCUCACUUCUGCGCCUUUGGACACGCCGUGGACACCCUCCUGGAAGAGCUAGGGGGAGAGAGGAUCCUAAAGAUGAGGGAGGGGGACGAGCUCUGUGGACAGGAGGAGGCUUUCCGGACCUGGGCCAAGAAAGUCUUCAAGGCAGCCUGUGAUGUGUUCUGCGUGGGAGACGACGUCAACAUUGAGAAGGCGAACAACUCCCUCAUCAGCAAUGACCGCAGCUGGAAGAGGAACAAGUUCCGCCUCAGCUAUGUGGCCGAAGCUCCAGAACUGACCCAAGGUCUCUCCAAUGUCCACAAAAAGCGGGUCUCGGCCGCUCGACUCCUCAGCCGUCAAAAUCUUCAGAGUCCUAAAUCCAGCCGAUCAACUAUCUUCGUGCGUCUUCACACCAAUGGGAAUCAGGAGCUUCAGUACCAGCCUGGGGACCACCUGGGCGUCUUCCCUGGCAACCAUGAGGACCUCGUGAAUGCCCUGAUCGAGCGGCUGGAGGACGCACCCCCUCUCAACCAGCUAGUGAAGGUGGAGCUGCUGGAGGAACGGAACACGGCUUUGGGAGUUAUCAGUAACUGGACAGACGAGCAUCGCAUCCCACCCUGCACCAUCUUCCAGGCCUUCAAGUACUACCUGGACAUCACCACGCCUCCAACACCACUGCAGCUACAGCAGUUUGCCUCCCUGGCCACCAGUGAGAAAGAGAAGCAGCGCCUGCUCGUCCUUAGCAAGGGUCUGCAGGAGUACGAGGAAUGGAAAUGGGGCAAGAACCCCACCAUUGUGGAGGUGCUGGAGGAGUUCCCAUCCAUCCAGAUGCCCUCUACCCUGCUCCUGACCCAGCUGUCCCUGCUCCAGCCCCGCUACUAUUCCAUCAGCUCCUCCCCGGACAUGUACCCCGACGAGGUGCACCUGACUGUGGCCGUUGUCUCCUACCGCACCCGAGAUGGAGAAGGACCAAUUCACCAUGGCGUGUGCUCCUCCUGGCUCAACCGGAUCCAGGCUGACGAGGUGGUGCCCUGUUUCGUGAGAGGAGCACCCAGCUUCCACCUGCCCCGAAAUCCCCAAGUGCCCUGUAUCCUGGUUGGCCCAGGCACUGGCAUUGCCCCUUUCCGAAGCUUCUGGCAGCAACGGCAAUUCGAUAUCCAACACAAAGGAAUGAGUCCCUGCCCCAUGGUCCUGGUUUUCGGGUGCCGGCAGUCCAAGAUAGACCACAUCUACAAGGAGGAGACCCUGCAGGCCAAGAGCAAGGGGGUCUUCCGAGAACUGUACACAGCCUACUCCCGGGAGCCAGACAAACCAAAGAAGUACGUGCAGGACAUCCUGCAGGAGCAGCUGGCCGAGGCUGUGUACCGAGCCCUGAAGGAGCAAGGGGGCCACAUUUACGUCUGUGGGGACGUCACCAUGGCCGCCGAUGUCCUCAAAGCCAUCCAGCGCAUCAUGACCCAGCAGGGGAAACUCUCUGUAGAGGACGCUGGCGUGUUCAUCAGCAGGCUGAGGGAUGACAACCGGUACCAUGAAGAUAUUUUCGGAGUCACCCUGCGUACGUAUGAAGUGACCAAUCGCCUUAGAUCUGAAUCCAUUGCCUUCAUUGAGGAGAGCAAAAAAGACACAGAUGAGGUUUUCAGCUCCUAACUGGACCCUCUUGCUCAGAUGGAUGGCAGGGUGGCCGCCCCACGCACUCGGCCGGGGUGGCUACAGGUUUUGUAAGCGCGGACACUGCUGAACCUUCCCUUUGGGCCCCUCCCCCCGUGGCCCCUGCUCUGCCUCUCGUCCUGUCACCGUGUCCUGGUCCUCCGCUCCUGGGUUCUCACUUCUCAGUGUGUCUCUCUCACCCUUUUGGGUUUUCUCCUUGAGUUUUCCUGCUGCAAUGCGAUGCCUUUAUAAUCCGCAGUGGCUUUUACAAAACUGUUUCCCUCUCUCUCUCUCUCUUUCUGACAAGGGCACAUCCCCAGUGCAUGAAACCACUGGAACAUGGCCGUGGCUUGUGUUAGAGUGUCUACUGGGGUUCACCCUGGAGAGGCUGCAGGGACCAGAUGCAAGAGUUUUCUGAGCUAGUUCCUCCGCCGCUGUUCAAACCCCCGCCCCCCAACCCUGUCCUUUUUUUACGAUGGUGUUCUGGACAUGUGUGUAUGUGCGUGUGAUGGGCCUGGGUCUCCCUCUGUCCUCUUGCCUGAGCAGACAUGCCGCCUGCACACCCUCAGUGCCAAGAAAUUUGCCCCAGCCCAUACUGAGGCCUCAUGUAUCCAUAAUUAAGGGUCUGUGCCAGUACCCAUAAUAGUCCUGGUUAUAAAAGAGCAGGUCGUGGAGGUGGGGUGUGAUGAGAGAAAGAUAUUCAGUGAAAGAGGGAGUCACAGAAUUAGAUGCAUCCAGAUACUGGUACCAGUUAGUGGAGCCCUUACUGGGAGAUGAACCCAUCUGCUCCCCAUCCCCACCCCACCUCAGCCAGGAUCACCUGACCUGGCCCUCCCCAGACAGUCCCACCCACAAGACCGGAAACAGUGUUGUCCAAGGGAAUGAGCUGGAAAUAAGUGUCUCCCCAUUCUUUGCCACUGGAUGACAUUGGACAACGUCACCUGUCCUUCAUUUCCUGUAAUUGUAAUGUUAUGAAGCGGAAAAGGAUGGAUAGAUCGAACUUUAAACUUGUGGAGAUUGGAAACAAUAUCAAGGAAGGGCAUUGUUGUUGUUGUUUUAUUUCCCUAAAUGGGGCUUGCCGUUUCAGCCCUGGAAGUAAAAUACCAGAAGUCAGUGAAAGCAGAUGAGGCUGAAGAAGGAGUCCAUCAUGAGGCGCCUGCCGACAGCUGGGGCGGGGAGAACCUGCCAUCAUGCUUUCGGUCUUCAAAAAGAGAUUCCCCCAGGUUUUUAACCUGAUAAAAGAAUUUUGAUGAAUAAAUUAUCCUCAACGCAGAUUUUAAAAACAGGCAGUAAAGUCUUUUGGCAGGAAUCGGGACAGGUACAAUUGCUCCCAGUCGGACAAUCUGCUGAGUUCAUCUUCUCAGAGGAAAUGGGGUGGAAGUGUCCCUCUCUACCCUGAAGUGCUCAAAAUCAAUGGUAAGCAGCGCCCAGAGAGAGCCAGGAAACCCCACUGACCCCCAGCAACUGCUUCCCAGGUGUUGAAAGGAAGCCAUCAGCCAGUUCCGGUCUUCUGUCUGAUUUUGUUUCGUCUUAUGCUGUAGAAAGGCAGCCUUUGGAUGCAGCACACAGGCACUGCUUUCUUGAUGCUUGGUGUGGGGGUCUGCCAAAGGGAGAGGGCUCUGGCCCUCCCCAGAAGGGCCCUAGAUCCGAGGUGCCAAAAAGGUGUCCCCAGGAGGGGACAACCUCAGAGACUCUUAAAGACAAAGGGGAAGCUCUGUCUCGGCUUUUUCCACCUUCCCUGGCAGCCCCCGCUGGUGUCUCAUCCAUGGGACACAGAGUUCGACUUCGUGCCGGUUUUGAUUUCCCUGCCUGACUUUAAUCCUAUUCACUCCUGCUCGGGCUUCCGUGGCACAGAAACCAAGCACUCAGCAUGCUCGGCCGCCCCUCUCUGACCUGGAGGGAAGCCUGUUCAAAACCCUUUCUUUCCUGCAAACGUGAUUCUGGCUCCUAGUAGCUGUCCUCCCAAGGGCUUCCUGUCCAACCCUCUGAGCCUUUCAGAGAUACCUCCUAAGAUGUCACUAACUCCCCAGGGGCUGAACUGCUGUGUCCAACCUCCAUCCUAGAAGAAUUAGAGCACCCCUCUCCAAAUCAAGCUUCACACAUGAAUGCUUUUCCAUCGCCAAAGAAAUAUUUAUGAGCACUUACUCCAUACUAGGCACUUUCUCACUUCUCCCUGCCCUUCUAGUAGCAGACAAGCAAAGGAAAACAUCAUCUUGUUUUAUCAGGAAGUCUAAGUGAUUACGUAACCAGGAUUCAUCGUUCUUCCCAAGAAUGAUUGUUUUGUUUCUGUAAGAAAAUACCUUUUAACCCCCAACACAAGCUGCUUCAUAACUCCUGGCUGAGAGACAGGAAGCUAGUCUGAUGGGUUUCUCUCAUUCACCAGAAUCUCUGAUACCAAAAGCCUCCCGUUAAAAAGCCUAUCAAGGAGUUCCCGUCGUGGCUCAGCGGUUAACGAACCUGACUAGGAAC